AUGUCUCUCAAUGACUGGCUUCUUAAGACUCGUUAUCUAUUCGACAACGAACUCGACCUCAAUUGGGCAUCCUCGGCUUAUCACUUUCGGCUAGAAAGAUUCCAGAACUGGUUUAAAGACCAAGGCUAUUUAACUCAGGAAUGCGAAUCUAAUUACGAAAAGCGAUUUCUGGCUGAUUUGGAGUCGGAUCAUAAAGUUGUUCUGAGACAGGAUCCAUACUUGGGUGCGGCGCGCCUACGACACCAUUACUUGCUAGAUACGGGGCUGAUUUUGAUGUACCCGGCAACGCCGAAUGUUAUCCCCGUUCUAUCUGGGACACUCGUCUCUGGUCUGCCUUUGAUCAAGGUGGCCUCGGAAGGUUGA